GAGGGGGGCUUGUUCGACUGAGCAUGCGUAGCUGUUGUGCGUCUUUCAAACUGAACAUCAUGCGCAUGCGUUGUUGCCUGCUGUCAUUCCAAUUUGUCGAUGGAAUAAUAACAACGGGUCUUGUAAUACCUUUGGCUGGCGAAUUCCCGCACACCGACCCUUGUCACCGAGUGAAAACAAAACCUAUUGUCGGCCCACAACUCCAAUUGUCUCUGAUUUCCCAUUUUCUAUUUAGACCUGAGACGAGAUGCCAAGCGGUCGCGCCAGCCAGCCUUCCCCAGACUAGACGGCACGAUCUAUGCUUGAUUGCCCGGCACGCAUAGCCCUCCUCUGUCUUUCAUGUGCAGUGCAGGGCUAUAAUUUAGUCAUGUAUCAGUGAUUCAUUGUGCGUUGACACAGGUAUCAACGCCGUCAUGCAAGACUAAUAAACAUGACUUUCACCGAGCCUAUGCCAUCCAUAAUAACGUACGCUACAUAGGCGAGAGACGUUCGUUUACCCUUCGACGCCACAGCUUCAACAACGAUGUCUGAGAAGUUUGGGGAAUUUUGAGAAGAAACACCUGGUCACAGUAUUUUGGUAUUAAAAAAAAAUGAUUGUCCUCCUAACGCUGUGCUCGGUGGUCGGUGUGGUCAGUGUGACAGUCGGCACUUCCAACAGAAGCCCGUCGUUACUUUUGUCCAGACCUCUCAUUGUUAGCGACAGGACACAGCCGCUACCUUUACCCCGAGAAAUCGUGGACGGCAUCACUGUCAACCUCCCACGACCCAAGGACCUGAACCCAAACAAACUCCAACGCCGUCUCCAGUCCGAAUUUGACCCUCAGUGGAUGUCGGUGGACGCCCCUUCUCCGGAUGACGGGUCGGAGGUGGAGUUGAACCCGGUGCACUCUGAAACGCCGGCCUGGCUUCUGAACGAGCUCCGCAAUCUGAAUUUGUCGCACGUGCCCAACAAUGUGGCGGGUCUCUCCGCCACAACCAUAAGCGCCCUGGAGGUCUGGCUGCUUGAACGGGCCAGCUGCCCCGUGCGCUACGAGUGGGUGGACAUAGGCCCACUGUUCUGGCCGCCGUGGGUCAAACACGGCACGUGCGUAGCCCGACAGUGCUCCUGGCCGUCCGGCAUGAGCUGCGUCCCCGGUGAAACCAACACCAUCACCCUGCUGAGAUGGCACUGCAGAUCUGCUUCAUUGGAGGAAGACGACAGGUCCUCCAAGAAACGAAACAAGUGCCGCUGGCUUAAGGUGCCUUACCCCAUCAUUUCUGAAUGCGUCUGCACGUGCGACCAGGGCACUUAAUCGUCUGCAUUAUACAAUUUCAUCUUCCCGCCAUUGUAGAACUUAAAAGAGAAACAGUAUUACCCCUAAAAUGCAUGACUUGUAUUUUUAACCUUCUGUUAGCUUUGUUAUGGUUUCUUUGCAAGGAAUGACAUGUGAAUUGAUGUCCGUGAUACGGAAUAUGUAAACUGCAUUAUUUGGCACCGGCACGGUGAAAAUAAAAUUGCCUUAUUAGACUAUCUUUACACGAGGCCGCGCUUCGGUCUGCAUGCUCUAGUCGGCUCGAAAGUAAACUGAAUGUCGUAUUUUACCGUAAAUAUAUUUGGUCCUAUAAUUAAUAUUUUACGUUUAUAUGUUUUUUUCCCGAAUCUAUAUAAUCGUGUUACAUUUUCAAUAUGUAAUUUGCCAUCAAAGAUGGAUAUAGUAUUAAUACCAUAGCGGUGUCGAAAGCAAUCAUCGAUUUGUUGAUUCGAUCAGUUUUGUUUGGGGGGGGCAGCCAGAUAAAAUAAUCAGUAAGUAUUUUGAAAUUUAUUAUUUAUGUAACUCAGUUAAAAGGGUUUUAUGAUUAUAAACAACACUGCAUUGCUUUGUACAUAACGCGUAUAUAAGUUAGGAUUUGGGUGCGGGUCGCCUCCAUGGGAAAUGUUGAAAUACACAAUGGUUACUGCACCUUAAAAUCGUUUUGGAAUGGUUUGUGUUUAUGAAUCGGAAAACUUUUAAGAAUCGAUUUUGUGUGUUAAUAAUACUUCGGUUUUUGUUGACCUUUUUAAUUUAACUGUUAAUUAAGGAACCAGGAAAACGGUCGCAGCUUGACAUCACGAUAUGCUGGAAAUGUAAAACAUUGCUUAAGAUGGAUACCACGUGGUAUUGAUGGACACAGGAUGACUCCACGCCACUAGCACUAUCGAAUGUCCCCAGUGCACCCGCGUCGUUUCUCCCGGGCAUGAUUUUCAUGAGUCGAGGUCGGAUUAUGAUAUUUCCGAUGUAUAAGCAAAGUAUUGGAGUAAGACUAUGUAUACUGCUAAUAAUGUUAGCCCUUGCAAAUUUCAAAUGUUUGAAUAACAGCUUUCUCUUUAAAAAGAUUGAAAGAGUGUCACAGUUGCAUUAUAGUUUAAUUUAUAAGCGAUAGUGUAAACGGUAAACUGAGCGGCUAAUUAUACCAUGGUCCCACAAUGCUGUCAGGAGGCUCCAUGUGGAAAAAGGUGAAACAAGAAUUAAAAGCGGAAAAAGUUGCAACAAUUUA